AGAGAAUCAGGAAAGUAAAAAAAAGCAGAAGAAAAAGGAAUGCCCGUAGAAACUGCGCGAGCUUUUGAAGAACGGUUAUAUGCGAAUGUUUAGGGCAUGUUGGACGGCUGGAAACAACUUUAUAGCGAUACAUUAUCUCCGCCAAACAGUUUGUGAAACCGACGUCUGCUGGCUGGAGUGAACUCUGAGCUUUUCACUGCCCGCUAGUGGAGGAAUUGACUUAACCACCAUGGCAACGCAAAACACACAUGACAUGGACAUAUGGACGGCGAAGUAUGACAAAGUUUGAAACGGACGUUGCUAUUUACGUACAUUCCUGACUGUGGCCUGUGCUUCAACCUUUGUACCAAACACUCCAGUGCUUGUCUGACUUGAUUAGAUGAUUAGAAGAAGAAAUGGCCGAGCCUCCUGUUAUCAUAUGGGAGCAUGAAGUGAAACACCUGCUGCACUACAGAGACCUGAUCCCCCGCCUUGAGGACGCGUUGGGAAAAUUCUCCAGACGAGACCGUGCUGAGGUGAUCCAACCUGUGCGCACCGCUGUCCCCCUGCAGAAACACAACGGCUUCAUGGGGUUAAUGCCUACGUAUAUGGAGAACGAUGGGGUCCUGUCCACAAAGUUUGUGUGCUUCUACAAGCGGGAGGAUGGCUCCAGUUUGCCAGCUGUUAAAGCCACAGUAGUGCUGCUGGAUCCAGAGUAUGGAAAUGUCAAGGCUGUCAUGGAUGGGGAGGUCAUCACAGCCAUGAGGACGGCUGCUGUCUCAGCCAUCUCUGCUAAGCUGCUGAUGAAUCCUGGGGCAGAAGUUCUGGCCAUCCUGGGGACGGGUGCACAGGCCCUGAGUCAUUACAGUGUCUUCACUGAAAUAUUUUCAUUUAAAGAGGUGCGGGUGUGGAGUCGCACCAGACAGGGAGUGGAGAAGUUUCUCCACUCAGUCGGAGGUCCUGUAAAGGGAUGCAGCUCAGUGGAGGAGGCGGUGAGCGGUGCAGAUGCUAUAGUGACAGUAACUGGGUCCACUGAGCCAGUGCUCUUUGGUCAGUGGGUAAAACAAGGAGCCCAUGUGGCAGCUGUGGGAGCUUGCAGGCCAGACUGGCGGGAGCUGGACGAUGUGUUGAUGAAGGAAGCUGUGGUGUACACGGACAGCAGGGAGGGGGCGAUGACUGAAUCUGGUGACGUCAUCCUCUCUGGGGCUGAGGUGUUUGCAGAGCUUGGUGAUGUCAUCAAUGGGACAAAAGCUGCUUACAGAGAGAAGACAACUGUGUUCAAAUCCCUCGGGAUGGGAGUUGAGGAUGCUGUGUCUGCCAAGCUGGUUUUUGACCAGUGGACAGCCAAAGGCAACAAAUUAUGAAGCUGCCAUUUAGAUUCCUUGAAGAUUUAUCACAUUAAUAAUGAACACUAUUAUCACUAUAAUAGAACUUGAAACCAGCAAACAAUGUGUCUGGCCAGAAAACUGAAAUGGUUGUUUUAAUAAAUAUACAGUCAAAUAACAA